AUGUCGGUCGUGACCAAUAACUUUCUUCGAUUCAAGCCCUUGCUGCUCGACGAGGACUCUGACGACGAUGACAUGCGGUCUACCGUGUCCUCGCUCUUCAGCUCUCCCAGCGACAUCGAUAUGAGCUCAGGGACUUCCUACACCACGGACUCGAACAGGUCAGACUCCCCAGCACCUUCGGUGCUGUCCAUGACCUCGUCAAUGGAAGCAGCGACAUUCAAGAUUGAGUACGGUCGCGCGAUAAACAGCACCUCGGACGUCUAUGGCUUACCUGCAGACGACGAGGAGCUCGAUCGUUUGGGUGGGUCACUAUCUCGCUUUCGUAAACGUAACUUGAUGCCGGUCAUGGGUAAAUGCCCACGCGUGGUUCGAGAAUAUCUUACUCCAGCUUUCCCUGGAGACCUCAGGAAUGUCCUGGACUUGGGAUGUGGAAGUGGAACAUGGUGA